GACUAUCGGUUACUAAGCAACAGAGACGCGGUUUUUGAUUUCUUCAACGCGGCUGCUAAACAUGGCGGAAAGAAAAACAAAGUCUGCAUUGCCAAAGGUAAAGAAGCCUUUGUCUGCCAGAUCUGAAAAGCAUUCUGAUCCUAAUAACCGGCCACUAUCAGCACCUGUCAAGAAACAACCACAAACAGAUUUACUGGCAAAAGAGGAGGAAUACAAACGUCUUAAUGCAGCCCUAGAAGCAAAAACAGCUGAGCUUGUUCGAGAAGCUGAAAGAGUCAUGAAAGAACAGCAAGAAGUAUUGUCAAGACCAGUUUCCUCAUAUGUUGACGACGACAUUGAAGAUUCUAGUCAUAAUUUGGGAACUCCUGAGAUAAAAAAAAAUGAACCACCUAUUUCAAAGAAGGUCUUGAACAAAGCUGAUGCUAAGUCAAAGCCUCCAAAACAAAACAGACCCCAGUCAGGUCAUCAAGCCAAGAAACCAACCAGCACUCCAGGGAUCACCUUGGCAGAUGAUGUUGCUGUCCUUGAGGAUUUGGUUGACUUCUCUUUGGCAAAAACCAUAAGUAACAUUGAGGAAAAACUGGGCAAAGGAGAUGGAAUGGAUGAUCCAGAGGAUGAUGUCAUUCCUGGUGCUUGCAAUGAAAUGGGUUCAGAGUCACAGAUACGAUUUCUUAAAGCAAAGCUGCGAGUGAUGCAGGAAGAAUUAGACCGGCUUACUAAUGAGUGUAACAAGAAGGAUGAUGAGAUUAGCAUAUUAAGUGGUAAAGUGAAAGAAAUGGAAGAGGAGCGUUCAAGGCUGCAACGAACAACAAAUAUUCAGCAGACGCAAGUUGAAAAAUAUAAAAGUCUUGCAGAGGAGAAUGGCAAGAAGAGUGAUGGAUUCCAGCAUCAGCUCUCUGCUCUGCAAAAGGAGCUGGAGAAUCACAAGAGAGCGCAGAAACAAGCAGCAACCACCCAUGGAGCUACUGAAGUGCGGCUAAAUAGGGCCUUGGAAGAAGUGGAGAGAUUUAAAUCUGAACUGAACAAAGUGAAACAAUGUAGUAAGGACACUGCUAACCAGGAGCAUCACAAGGUGGAACAAUUAAAGGCUGAAAAUAAGAAGCUCGAGAAGCAGAAAGCAGAAUUGAUGACAGGCUUUAAGAAACAACUUAAACUGAUAGACAUUUUAAAAAGACAAAAGAUGCAUAUUGAAGCAGCUAAGAUGCUUUCAUUUACUGAAGAGGAAUUUAUGAAAGCACUGGAUUGGGGAAACUCAUGAUACACAUCGGUGACAAAGUUAAAAGAGGACUGAAUGGCCAAGACCGAUAAUACAUGACACCUGCUGUAAAUAUGAAACAUGAAGUUUAAAGUCUGGUUACAGAACUAAUGCAGGAUUCUAUUUGGAUCAGCAGCGCAACAAUAUUACUUUUAAGGGCCAGCAUCUAUGGCAAUGGUGGGGAAAUCUUGAAGAGAAUGGCCUAAGUCAGGGGUGUCCAAUUCCAGUCCUGGUGGGAUGCAGUGGCAGCAGGUUUUCAUUCUAACCCUCUUCCUAAUCAGCGAGUACUAUUCACCGCUAAUUAACUCCUUUUCCUUCUUUUUCAUAGCCCUAAGGAUUCAGUCCUUUGAAUUGAUUUGUUUCUUCAUUAAAUGGCAGCCAAACAGAAAUGAGAUAUGAAACGACCCAACAGAUGACCAGCUAAACUGGAACGUCAAACUCCAGCCGAUUUCACUCCAACCAAUUUCUUAAUGAGAAGCCAAUUCUUGCUGUUAAUUAAAGCCAUUAUUGAAUAUCAGGACUUGUUGCUGCUCUCGUUCUGCCACAGCAGACUAUUGAUUUUCUGUUUUUUCUAAGACCACCGUCAAGAUGUUUUGGUGACCUGAACAGACCAAUAUGACUGACACCUUCACCUUUUUUAUUUUCUGGUGAGCUGUUUAUAUGGCGGCUUGUUUUGUGUCUCAUUAUUGUUUGGCUGCUCAUUAAGGAAAAAGAAACAACUAAGGGGUCUGAGUCACGUCAAUUAAAACUGAGGCAAAAACAAGUUAAUCAGCAGCAAAAAAGGCUCACUUAUUAAGAAGAUGGUUAGAAUGAAAACCUGCAGCCACUGUGGCCCAACAGGACUGGAGUUGGACACCCCUGACCUAAAUGGUUCAUCAUAUAAUCUGUACUAAUGAAGUUUGUGCUGUGCAUUUGGCUUUGUAUUAGGAUGUCACAGUUAAAUCAGUGCACAUUUGAGAGAAAAAGAGAAAUGCUAAAUGUAGCUUGAUUGAGUUAUUUUAAAAGUUAAGCUAUAAAAGUAUUUUUCUCUUCUCUAAACAAAGGUUAUUCCAUUUUAAAAUCAACAUCUCUUCAAUGUCCGACUGCAGCUCAUCACACCUAUAUCAGUUUGUUGGAUAUCCCAUUCCAAAAGCAUGGCCAUUAAUAUGCAGUUGCAACCUUUGUAGAUAUCCGCAAGAGUUUGGAUUGUGUCUGUGGGAAUAUGGGCCCAUUCAGCCUAAAAAGCAUUUGGGAGGUUAGGUACUGAUGUUGGACGAGAAGACCUGGCUCACAGUGGACGGUCCAACUCAUCCCAAAGAUGUUCAGUAGGGAUGAGAUUAGGUCUCUGUGCUAGCCAUUCAAGUUCCUCCAUGUCUUUUUGGACCUGGUCAUCCUGGAACAGAAAAAGGCCUUCAACAAACUGUGGUCACAAAGUUGAAAGCACACCAUUGCCCAAAAUCUUUCUGUAUACUGCAG